AUGGCUUCGCCUUCCCCUAACUCUCCUCGCCUGCUUUCGGGCGCCAGUCCCGCGGAGGUUGAGCUCCUCGCGUUGAGUCCCUUGGACGGGCGCUACGCCUACAGAGUGUCGUGUCUCAGGUCGUCGCUUUCCGAGUAUUCCCUCAUCGAGAAGCGCGCGUUUGUGAUGACUGAGUGGCUGGUUCGUCUCGCCUCGCACCCUGCGAUCCACAAAAACCCAGCCAAGCAGGCGGGCGACCCGCUCUUCUUCCCCCACCUUUCCGAGGACGGAGUAGCGCUCAUGCGGACUCUCGGGGCGUUUUCUUUGGUGGACGCGGUGAAAGUGAAGGAGGUCGAGAAGAAGACGAACCACGACUUGAAGGCUGUCGAGUACAUCCUCAAGGAGAAGCUGGCGUGUUCCGAGGAGACCGCCCCCCUUGCGGCCUUCACGCACUUUGGAUGCACCAGCGAAGACGUCAACAACCUCGCGUGGGCGCUCUCCUUCAAACAAGCUGUCGAGAGUCACAUUCUGCCGUGCAUGGAGAGCCUCGCGGACAUUCUGCACAGACUCGCCGGCGAGUUCGCCGACGUGCCUCUGCUGUCCCGCACACACGGCCAAGCUGCAACGCCUACGACCUUCGGCAAGGAGAUGGCGAACUUCGAGUGGCGAAUGCGAAAUGCGCUGAGAAAAAUCCGAGAUGUGGAAUUCCGCGGCAAAUGCAACGGAGCCGUUGGCAACUUCAACGCUCUCGUCAUCGCAGAUCGCGAGGUCGAUUGGCCUCUCGUUGCGAAAGACAUGAUUGAGGGUCUGGGCUUAGUCUACCAGCCAUACAGCACGCAGAUCGAGCAGCACGAUUGGUUGGCGGAGCUAUGUCACGCCGUAGCGCGCUUCAACUCGAUUCUCCUUGACUUGGAUCGCGAUUUGUGGCUCUACAUCUCUAGAGAUCUGCUGAAGCUCCGCGUUGUCCCUGGGGAAGUGGGCAGCUCAACGAUGCCGCACAAGGUCAAUCCGAUCGACUUUGAAAACUCCGAAGGCAACCUGCAGCUGGCGAAUGCACUGCUGCAGUUCUUCAGUGCGAAGUUUCCGGUGUCUCGCCUCCAACGAGAUCUCUCCGACACGACAGUCUUGCGCAACGUUGGCGUGGCGCUUGGGCACUCUCUGGUCGCGUACGAGUCCACGAAAAAGGGUCUCAACCGCGUCGACGUGAACCGUGUGCAAAUGUUGAAGGAACUCGACGAGAACUGGGCGGUGCUUGCGGAGCCUGUGCAGACACUCUUGAGAAAAAUGGGUGUCAAAGACGCGUACGAGAAACUCAAGACCGCGACGCGGGGUCAGUCCAUCACCCAGGACCGGAUGAAGGAGAUCAUCCAGUCGUGCAGAAACGAUCUUCCGCCGCGAGACGCGGCGUGCUUGGAGGCCCUCACGCCUGCGACGUACACGGGCUUGGCUAGUGACUUGGCGACGAAAGUCGUUGAGACAGUCCAAGAAGAAGAAGAGCGAAGAACAAAGAUGAAAACGGCCUAG